AUAAGAGCUCGUCUGUAGCUUUGUGGCUAGGUUGCAGGUUGUUUUUUUGAUAGCCACUCGGGGCUCCCUGUCGUCGCCACUGCAAAAUCGGUCAUUACAGCGGCACACCAGACGGACUAUAAACUACAGUGCACUGAUCUGUGAAUUGCUGCUCUCAGAUGGACCAGCAGGACCAGUCCUAUAUGUUUGCAAGUCUGACACGGCCUCACUCAGAGCAGCUGCUGCAAGGCCUCCAGCUCUUGCGGCAGGAUCACGAACUAUGUGACAUUGUGCUGCGUGUGGGUGAUGCCAAGAUCCAUGCCCACAAAGUAGUGCUGGCCAGCAUCAGUCCUUAUUUCAAGGCCAUGUUUACGGGUAGCCUGUCAGAAAAGGAGACCGCUGAGGUGGAGUUCCAGUGCAUCGACGAGGCUGCCUUGCAGGCUAUAGUUGAGUACGCUUAUACUGGCACGGUGUUCAUCUCCCAGGAGACAGUGGAAUCUCUGCUACCGGCUGCCAACUUGCUGCAGGUUAAGCUUGUACUUAAGGAGUGUUGCUCCUUCUUGGAAAGCCAGCUGGACGCUGGAAACUGUAUAGGUAUUUCCCGCUUUGCAGAGACUUACGGUUGUCAUGACCUGUGCCUGGCUGCAACUAAAUUCAUCUGUGAGAACUUUGAGGAAGUUUGUCAGACUGAGGAGUUUUUUGAACUGACAAGGGCCGAGUUGGAUGAGAUUGUGUCCAAUGACUGCCUUAAGGUGGUCACAGAGGAGACUGUAUUUUAUGCCCUGGAAUCAUGGAUCAAAUAUGAUGUAACUGAGAGACAGCAGCAUCUUGCUCAGCUGCUGCACUGUGUUCGCCUUCCGUUGCUCAGCGUCAAAUUCCUCACUCGCCUAUAUGAAGCCAACCACCUUAUACGAGAUGACCACGCAUGCAAGCAUCUGCUCAAUGAGGCCCUCAAAUAUCACUUUAUGCCUGAACACCGGCUGUCCUAUCAGACUGUGUUGUCUGCACGACCCAGGUGUGCCCCAAAGGUACUGCUUGCAGUAGGAGGCAAAGCUGGACUGUUUGCCACAUUGGAAAGCACGGAAAUGUAUUUUCCUCAGACGGAUUCUUGGAUAGGACUGGCCCCUCUCAGUGUACCCAGAUAUGAGUUUGGAGUAGCGGUGCUGGACCACAAAGUUUACGUAGUGGGAGGCAUUGCCACACACAUGAGGCAGGGCAUUAGCUAUCGGAGACACGAGAGCACAGUAGAAAGCUGGGACCCUGAGACCAACACGUGGUCUUCAGUGGAGCGUAUGGCUGAGUGUCGCAGCACUCUUGGGGUAGUAGUCCUGGCUGGAGAGAUGUAUGCCCUGGGAGGCUACGAUGGCCAGUAUUACCUCCAGUCUGUGGAGAAGUAUGUCCCGAAGCUGAAGGAGUGGCAGCCUGUGGCACCCAUGACAAAGUCCCGCAGCUGCUUUGCCACUGCUGUGCUGGAUGGAAUGGUGUAUGCUAUUGGUGGCUAUGGCCCAGCACACAUGAACAGUGUGGAGCGGUAUGACCCUAGCAAGGAUGCCUGGGAAAUGGUAGCCCCCAUGGCAGAUAAGAGGAUCAACUUUGGAGUAGGCGUGAUGCUCGGAUUCAUAUUUGUGGUGGGUGGUCACAACGGAGUGUCCCACUUGUCCAGCAUUGAGAGGUACGAUCCACAUCAAAACCAGUGGACAGCCUGCCGACCAAUGAACGACCCCAGAACUGGUGUGGGCUCUGCCAUUGUGGACAACUACCUUUAUGUGGUAGGAGGGCACUCUGGGUCAUCCUAUCUGAACACUGUCCAGCGCUAUGAUCCCAUCUCGGACAGCUGGUUGGACUCCAGUGGCAUGAUGUACUGCCGCUGUAACUUUGGCCUGACUGCCCUUUGACCCAUGGCCCAGCCAGCUAGAACCCAAUAAAUUAACUUAGAGACAAAGACUUUCCUUUUAUUUUUUUUUUCUCUGUCUCCUCCUUUCCCACAUUCAUCCUCCAGGUGCAGAUGAGCUUAUCUGCACGCUUUCGUUAACAUCAGAGAGCUUUCUGGGCGGAUGGAUGUGCUGGGCUAGCUGGCUGGCUGAGUGGGACUGCAGUCUAUGCUGCAGGCAUGAGGAAGAGCUGGAAGGUCUUGGGGAUGAGAGAGCAAGGCGUUUGGAUGGCUGUCACUGGAAAACUGAGACGACCACUCUAUUGCUGCUGGACCACAACGAGGACUUCGACCUGCGUCCCAGAGGAUUGUGGAAUCUGCUCAUUUAUGUUACAAAAUUCUCUGCCAAGUUUGCAGACAUUGUUUUUAUGUUGUGCUUCAUGUCUUUAAUUAUGUCAAACUUAAAAAAUCUUUUUAGUAAUUUCCCUGCUGCAACCAGAGCUGUGUGUUCAAAUUUUGUAGAACACCGCGGUUUGCUUGUGUAUUUGUAUGACUGUGGUUGUUGGCCGUGUAGCGUGUAUGUCUGUGUGUAUGCUCCAGGGGUACGUGCAUGUCAGGACUGUUUUGUUUUGUCACGUGUCUGUGUGCAGAACUGAUGCUUGGGCUCAGCAAUGCAGAAAAUUCUGCAUCCACAUCAGUGCUUGACAAAAAAAAAAAAAAAGAGUUGGAAUAUUUAUAUUUUCUCAAAGGGCUGCCUUUCUCCUGUAAAUAGUUUAAAUGAAAUAUAUAUAGAUAGAAAUAUAUCCUCUAGUGCAUUGCCUGUAAAUGUUUUUCUGCACUGGGUCACUAAUAUGUGUGCGCGAAUGUGUGUACAGUUUGAUUCCCACAGCCACUGUAGAGGUGAGUGUUCACCACUAGUCUCUGCUUCAUCCUCUGAGCCAUUUAAAAAAACAAAACAAAAAAGAAGUCUCCAUGUUUGUGCUUCUGUUACAUCUGUCUAAGGUCAGGUCAUGCACUUCCUACUGUUCACGAUAGUUGAAACUGACCUUGGCCUUGUAUACAAUACUAACUGGUGCUAUAUUUAGGAUUCAGGAUUUAGCUGUUUGUCUGUGUUGCUUCAUCUUUGUUAGGCCUCUGCUAUAUGACUGGUGAUAGUUAUUUGCUAUCAUUAGCCAAUUAUUUCCUUAUAAAUUUAAUUAGGAAAAAAAUCCAAAUGACCCCCUAACAUUACAAUGCGAGGCUACUAAACAGGAAACCUGCGUUUCAACAACUGCAAACGUCUAUCUGCAUAGUCUCCAACGGCCUGAAGGUUGGCAUGAUUUAUCCUAUUUUAAUGUUCCACUUUCUUCAUUAUUAGUCCACCUGCAGGAUAUGGGCAUGCUUUGUCAAGAUCUGUUGCCAGUGUUCUGUCACUAUCUUGGCUUUAAAUGUAUUUUUUUUUUCUUUUCCUGUCUGCAAUUGGGUCUAACAUUUCUGUGCUGGCUAACACUCCACUAAACAUGUAAUCUACAUGUGGCCAGGUCUUGCUUGCAAGCUCAGGUUAAUAUUUUCACAAUUUCAUAUGAAAUGCUAAAA